AUGCCCAACCACGUCGUAUUCGACGUCGUCGGCACCUGCGUGUCCUUCGAUGCCUUCUACGACACCAUCGAGCGCACCCUGGGCCCGCAGCUCCAGGCGCACCACAUCACCGCCCAAGCCCUCGGGUUCACAUGGAUGACCAACGCCGAGCUGCAAUUCACCUUUCUGUCCAUCUCCGAAAGCUACAAACCAUACAAGAUCGUCAUCACUGAACUCUUCUACCAAACCCUCGCCAUGAUCGGCAUUUCCGACCCGCACAGCUUCGCCACCCCCGAGCAACGCGACGCCUGCGUAGCUGGAUACGCCGCCCUCGAGCUCCGCCCUGGUGCCCGCGAAUGCUUCGCCAAGCUCCGCGAUGCCGGGUUCACGGUCUGGUGCCUGACGACGGGCGAUACGCAGCGGGUCCGCGGAUACUUUGAACGGGCGGGUGUGGACAUGCCGUUGGAGAAUUUCCUCAGCUGUGAUACGGCGGGCGUGGCUAAGCCGGCGCUGGCGGCGUAUCGGCCGGCGUGGGAGAAGUUGGGUAGUGAGGGUGGGCAGAAGUGGUUUGCUGCGGCGCAUCUGUGGGAUGUGACUGCUGCUACAAAGGUCGGGUUCCGGGGUGCUUAUUGUACGGUUUAUGAGAAGCAGGGGGCCUAUAAGGUGUUUGAUGCGCCGUUGGAUGUGGUGUCGGAGACGCUUCCGGAGAUGGCGGAGAAGAUUAUUGCUGCGUCUAAACAUUGA